GUGGUAGUGGUAAUAAUACGGUGGCUGGCAGGGUUCAAACCGCGCAUCGACGCCGCUCCUGCUGACGAUGGGAGACGUUAUUUGCGAAGAGCUCGAAGAUUUACUUCAUUUCUCAGUGCACGACCUGCCGGCGAGAGGCUAUGUCGUCAUGGAGGAAAUACGACGUCAGGGGAAACUGUGUGACGUCACGCUCAAGGCAGGUGAUCACAAAUUCAGUGCUCACCGCAUAGUUUUGGCAGCCUCAAUCCCUUACUUCCAUGCUAUGUUCACGAACGACAUGGUGGAGUGUAAACAGGAUGAGAUCCUGAUGCAAGGAAUGGACCCCAGUGCUCUGGAGGCUCUGAUCAACUUUGCAUACAGCGGCCAUGUUGCCAUUGAUCAGCAGAAUGUUCAGUCUCUUCUGAUUGGCUCAAGCUUCCUGCAGCUGCAGAAUGUGAAAGACGCGUGCUGCUCUUUCCUGCAGGAGAGGUUGCAUCCAAGGAACUGUUUGGGAGUGCGUCAGUUUGCAGAGACCAUGAUGUGCACCACACUGUACGACUCUGCCAACAACUUCCUGCACCAACACUUUGUGGACGUGUCCUUGUCUGAAGAGUUUCUUACCCUGAAGACUGAGGAGUUGCUGGAGCUCGUUGGAUGUGAUGAACUUAAUGUGAAGACAGAGGAGCAGGUGUUUGAGGCGGUUCUGGUCUGGGUCCAUCAUGACCGGGACAAACGUGAGUCUCUCCUGCCAGAGCUGCUUUCAAGGAUCAGACUGCCACUUUGUCGUCCUCAGUUCCUCACGGAACGAGUCCAGCAGGAGGAAAUUGUGCGCUGCUGCCAUAAAUGCAGAGACCUAGUGGAUGAAGCCAAAGAUUUCCACCUGAUGUUGGAACGUCAGCCUCACCUUCCGGCCUUCAAGACCCGGCAGAGGUGCUGCACGUCCAUCACGGGUCUCAUUUACGCCGUGGGAGGACUCAACAGCUCAGGCGAUUCCUUAAAUGUGGUCGAGGUGUUUGAUCCAAUUGGGAAUUUGUGGGAACGUUGCCAACCAAUGAGGACGGCCCGCAGCAGAGUGGGCGUCGCUGUUGUUAAUGGACUUUUGUACGCCAUUGGGGGAUAUGAUGGACAGUCUCGCCUCAGCACUGUUGAAGUUUACAACCCGGAGACGGACAGCUGGACCAGAGUGUCCAGCAUGAACAGCCAACGCAGCGCCAUGGGAACAGUGGUGAUUGAUGGACACAUCUACGUGUGUGGUGGAUAUGAUGGGAAAUCUUCUCUCAACUCUGUUGAACGUUACUCCCCUGAGACGGACAGGUGGGCUGUUGUGACAGAGAUGAGCGCAAGUCGAAGCGCGGCCGGUGUGACAGUGUUUGAUGGACGCAUCUUUGUCUCUGGCGGCCAUGAUGGUUUACAGAUCUUCAACACGGUGGAGUAUUACAACCACCACACAAAUCGCUGGCACACGUCGUCAGCCAUGUCGAACAAGAGGUGUCGUCACGGCGCUGCGGCGCUGGGCAGUCACAUGUACGUGGUGGGCGGUUACGAUGGCUCAGGUUUCCUCAGUGGCGCCGAGGUGUUCAGCUCAACCUCGGGCCAGUGGACCCACCUGGUGGCAAUGAACACACGACGCAGCAGGGUGUCUCUGAUGGCGACGUCGGGCCGCCUCUACGCUGUGGGCGGGUACGACGGACAGUCCAAUCUGUGCUCUGUGGAGAUGUUUAAUCCCGAUACCGGACGUUGGACCUUCAUGGCGCCCAUGGCGUGCCACGAGGGAGGGGUGGGCGUUGGUUGCAUCCCCUUGCAACCCGCCUAAUCCUCCAAUCACAGCUCCGGGAUCCACAUCACUGACAUGCUGUGUGGUGAGGAGGUCACGCCCCCCUCCCCCCAGUCGUGCGAGGCCAGUCGCAGCACUCACACCAGCGGUGUGCACGCCAGAGCCCCCCCAGGGUACAAACUGUAGCGUUAGCCUGUGGUGGCUAACUGUUAGCACUGUGCCCUGAGCAAGCAGGCUGGUGACUGUUACCACCAGUAGGAGGCGCUGUGAUCGCUUCUUGUUCUUGACAGGAAGUGGCACUGAGGGAAUUUCCUGCCAUCUACAUUGUGUAUAUUGUCUUCAAAAUAAAAGCACCAUGUUUUGAUGUAGUUUACUAAUGAGGCUUUUAUUCUGGAAACAACAGGAAGUAUACCCAUGUUCUCAUUUGUCCCAAAGUCAAAACAUUUUUGAUAAGUUGUUGGAAGCGGAAAAAGAAAUAAAGUUACAUAUUAAAUGUUGUGGAGUGAAAAGUAUUAUGUGGGUGGGCAGGGCCGUGUCCAAUGAGAGAAAGGCUUCACUUUGAAACAAAGACUUUUAUUGUCUCCUCCAGGAAGUAAAAAUAUAAUCACAUGACUCCACAGCAUGCAGUUAUUGGUUCAGCUGGCACCAGGUUGACUGCUGGCCCCAAUUGGAGGUCCUGAAGCAGGGACGCUGGUGUGAGAACCUGCGGAACUCCUGGAAGAUUGGUGAGGGUCCUUCAACAGAUCAGAGCUGGAAAGAAACGUUCAUUGAAUCGAGUCGAUUAGAUCCUGAUUGAUCUUACAUGAGUUUCAUUUUGACAGUCUGUGUCACAUGACCCAGCCCGUAAGCUCAUGUCAGCGACUCACGGCGGAUCAGUGGGCUGGAAGCGGCGCUCCUCUCCAUCCAGAAUUCCAUGAUAGAGUCGGAUCUCAUGCUCCAAACGCUGCUUGUUACUCAGCAGGGCGUCGUAGUCUUUGCGCUGCUGCUCCAUGUCGCCGCGCACAUCUGCAAGCUCCGCCUCCAGUUUGGACACCACAGAACCCAGGUUCUGAAGCUCCAUGUCAUGCCAGUGGUGGGCAUCGCCCAGUGAGUUCUCCAGGCCACGCUUCUGCAGGAGGAAAUUCAUGAACAAUAUAACUUAAGUUCUGAGUGGGGGUGGGUUUCGGUAACGGAACCACUUAGGAUCACCAGAGCUCGAAUGGAUUCCGUCUCUGCCUGUAGACUUUGGAUCUUGCAGCCAGCAUCAGAGCAUUCAACCUUCAGUGCUUCCAGCUUCUCCUCUUCUGGACUCAGCUGGCUCACACACUUGGCAUCCUACUGACACACACACACGUCAAGACCGGUCCGCACCGCCGCUCAAUGGGGGUUCUGACCUUGCAUUCCAGGUAGCUGUCGGUCUCAGCUCGGUUCCUCUCUGUCGCCUUCUCCCAGUGGUUGCGAAUAUAGUCCAGGAUCUGAUCCAGACUAGUUUCAAUGGGGGCAUCGGGUUGAUCCACUUCACGUCCACACAUCUGACUGUAGAGAAGACGAACGUCCUGCAGUCACACAAACGUUUUGGAUUUUAUGAGUCAUUGAACUCCAUUCCUGAACCGUUAAAUCUUCUUGAGUCGGUGUCGGUCACCUGCUCAUGAUUUCUCUCCAAGUGCCCAAGUUCUGCUCGCAUGUCGUCCAUCUGCUGCUCAAGCUCCGCCCUCGUUAGGUUGGCAUCUUCAAUGACCUUGUAGAGUGAGCCGAUCUCCUCCUCCACUGCCUUCCUGAAGGGCUGCUCAUUGUCAUACCUGUGGGCCGCACACCUGACGGUGACCUCACGACCGAUAAAAAGUCUUAAAGUCACAUCUUACCUUUCUUUGAAGUCCUCGGCGUUGGCCUGGACGUUCUCAGUCUGCAGCAUCAGCCGAGCAUUGUCCAAGAUGGCCUCACUUACCUGCACACACACACAUAUGCUGACGCUGCUGUCCAUCAGUCGUCAAUGUUCAGUGACUACUGCUAUGUAUUGUGUGCAUGUGACAUCAUUCAAUGGGCGCCAUUUUCAGACUUGAGGAGAAUU